ACGAUGGCGCCCAGGGUUGUUUCCAGUCUGGGGGCUGCCUUUUGGGUCUCUGCUUUGUAUUGGCCUGGCUGUCAGGGAAUGAGAGUUUAAAAGCAAGAGAAAGGGGUUUGUUCAGAAGGCGGUUUCUGUGGCCUCAGCACUCGCUGCUUGUCCGAAUCCUCCCCCGGUGGAGGGGCCUGGGUGACUUGGAUGCCCUCCUAGUCUCCCCCUCCCCCAGCUUCCAUAUGCGAGACAAAGGGGGUGCGAGCACGGAGAGUCGCUCUCACUCACAGCAGGGCCGGGAGCUGAGGAAGGAAAUGGAGGAGGAAGUUCCUCCCCUUCUGGGUGCUGGGUGAAAGUGAAAGGCAGCAGGGGGUUGGAGUGAGUCACGGCAGCCGCGGGAGGGGAAGGGCUGGGGAGCUGCGGAAGCGUGCGGAGAAGCGAUAGCAUGGCCGCCUCCCCGGGGCCAGGGGCAUCGCCGGGUGUAGCCAGGGCUUCAUACCAGAGCCCGCCCGGCAUGCCCAGCCAGCCCUCCUCUGCGCCUCUCGGCUGGUUUCCUGGGAACUCCCGGGGCUGCUAACGAUGACCGGGGGCAUCUAGGUUCUGACGUCUGAGGUCAGCCUGGACCUUCAGAUUUAUUCGCGGGGGCUUCCUGAGCUCCCCUCCUCUGCUAGACCAACUGGCUCAGGAUCAGAAUCUUAGCAUGGGGAAGAGGUGGGCCAUGUAGCUCCCACCCUCACCAACUUCCCAGAGAGGCAAACAAAACAAAAGACAAAACCAACCCUCUCUGAAGAAAGAAAAAGUCUUUGAAAAUACACGCAAGGUAUAGGUGCUCCAGGGCCCUGUGGAGCACCAUGAACUGGGAAGAGUAGAGGAGCCUGAGAGCCUCUCUGCCAAAAGGAAGGAAGCACCAGCAGUUCUUUCUCCUCGUGCCUGACCGCAUCAUCCAGCGUUUCCUCUGCCCCCUCUGGCUGCUGGACUAGGGCCAAGCUUCCAGCAGGACCAUCCCCCAGGGGAUGGGCAACUGGUGAAGUAGGUCUCACUGCUGGGGCCCAGUUGGCCACACCAUGAACCUCCAGGCCCAGCCCAAGGCUCAGAACAAGCGGAAGCGUUGCCUCUUUGGGGACCAGGAACCAGCUCCCAAGGAGCAGCUCCAACCCCUGCAAGCACCACAGCAGCCCCCAGCCCCUCCACCGUCCAGAGUGAAGGAGGAGCCUUACUUUGCGCACGAGGGUCCGGCAGGGGCUGCCCCCGCCUCCCAGCCUGUGGAACUGCCCCCUUCCAACAGCCUGGCCCUGCUGAACUCCGUGGUGUAUGGGUCUGAGCGAACCAUGUUGUCUCAGCAGGUGGGCUCGGUCAAGUGGCCCAACUCUGUGAUGGCUCCAGGGCGGGGCCCGGAGCGUGGAGGGGUUGGGGGUGUCAGUGACAGCGGCUGGCAGCAGCAGCCGGGCCAGCCUCCGCCCCACUCGACGUGGAAUCGCCACACCCUGCCCCUUUACAGUGGACCCAAGGGAAGCCCUCAUCCUGGCAUGGGGGUCUCGACCUACUAUAACCACCCUGAGCCACUGAAGCGGGAUAAAGCCGGCGGGCCACAGCUGGACCGCUUUGGGAACGCUGUGCGGCCAAUGGUGCCGCAGAAGGUGCAGCUGGAGGUUGGGCGGCCCCAGGCACCCCUGAACUCUUUCCAUGUGGCCAAGAAGCCGCCGAACCAGACACUGCCCCUGCAGCCCUUCCAGCUGGCGUUCGGCCACCAGGUGAACCGGCAGGUCUUCCGGCAGGGCCCAUCGCCGCCCAACCCCGUCGCCGCCUUCCCACCGCAGAAGCAGCAGCAGCAGCAGCAGCAAGCGGCCCUGCCCCAGAUGCAGCUCUUUGAGAACUUCUACCCCAUGCAGCAGCCACCCUCUCAGCAGCCCCAGGACUUUGGCCUGCAGCCAGCCGGGCCGCUGAGUCAGUCCCACCUGGCUCACCACAGCCUGGCACCCUACCCCUUCCCCCCAAACCCUGACAUGAACCCAGAACUGCGCAAGGCCCUCCUGCAGGAGUCAGCCCCGCAGCCUCUGCUACCUCAGGCCCAGAUCGCCUUUCCCCGCCGUUCCCGCCGCCUCUCUAAGGAGGGCGUCCUGCCUUCCACCACCCUGGAUGGGGCUGGCACCCAACCUGGGCAGGAUCCCGCCAGCAACCUGUUCCUGCACCACUGGCCCCUGCAGCAGCCGCCACCUGGCCCCCUGGGGCAGCCCCAUCCUGAAGCUCUGGGAUUCCCGCUGGAGCUGAGGGAGUCGCAGUUGCUGUCGGAUGGGGAGAGACUGGCACCCAACGGCCGGGAGCGGGAGGCUCCCGCCAUGGGCAGCGAGGAGGGCACGCGGGCUAUGGGCACAGGGGACUGUGGGCAGGUGCUACGGGGUGGGGUGAUCCAGAGCACUCGACGGAGGCGCCGGGCGUCCCAGGAGGCCAAUUUGCUGACCCUGGCUCAGAAGGCAGUGGAGCUGGCCUCACUGCAGAACACAAAGGAUGCCAGUGGCUCUGAGGAGAAGCGGAAAAGUGUAUUGGCUUCAGCUACCAAGUGUGGGGUGGAGUUUUCUGAGCCUGCCUUAGCCGCCAAGCGAGCACGAGAGGACAGCGGGAUGGUACCUCUCAUCAUCCCAGUGUCUGUGCCUGUGCGGGCUGUGGACCCGACUGAGGCAGCCCAAGCUGGAGGUGUUGACGAGGAUGGAAAGGGUCCUGAACAGAACCCCACUGAACACAAGCCGUCGGUCAUCGUCACCCGCAGGCGGUCCACCCGUAUCCCCGGGACUGAUGCCCCAGCACAGGCUGAGGACAUGAACGUCAAGUUGGAGGGGGAACCUUCAGUGCGGAAACCAAAGCAGCGGCCGAGGCCUGAGCCUCUGAUCAUCCCCACGAAGGCGGGCACUUUCAUCGCCCCUCCCGUCUACUCCAACAUCACCCCGUACCAGAGCCACCUGCGCUCCCCUGUCCGCCUAGCUGACCACCCCUCCGAGCGGAGCUUUGAGCUGCCCCCCUAUACACCACCCCCCAUCCUCAGCCCCGUGCGGGAAGGCUCCGGACUCUAUUUCAACGCCAUCAUGUCGACCAGCAGCAUGCCAGCCCCUCCCCCCAUCACGCCAAAGAGUGCCCAUCGCACCCUGCUCCGGUCUAAUAGCGCUGAAGUCACCCCGCCUGUCCUCUCUGUGAUGGGGGAGGCCACCCCAGUGAGCAUCGAGCCACGGAUCAAUGUGGGCUCCCGGUUUCAAGCAGAAAUCCCCUCGAUGAGGGACCGCGCCCUGGCAGCCGCAGACUCCCACAAGGCCGACUUGGUGUGGCAGCCAUGGGAGGACCUGGAGAGCAGCCGGGAGAAGCAGAGGCAAGUGGAAGACCUGCUGACAGCUGCCUGCUCCAGCAUUUUCCCUGGAGCUGGCACCAACCAGGAGCUGGCCCUGCACUGUCUGCACGAGUCCAGGGGAGACAUCCUGGAAACGCUGAAUAAGCUGCUACUGAAGAAGCCCCUGCGGUUCCACAACCACCCAUUGGCAACUUAUCACUACACAGGCUCCGACCAAUGGAAGAUGGCUGAGAGGAAGCUGUUCAACAAGGGCAUUGCCAUCUACAAGAAGGAUUUCUUCUUGGUGCAGAAGCUGAUCCAAACCAAGACCGUGGCCCAGUGUGUGGAGUUCUACUACACCUACAAGAAGCAGGUGAAGAUUGGCCGCAAUGGGACGCUAACCUUCGGGGAUGUGGAUACAAGUGAUGAAAAGUCAGCCCAGGAAGAGGUUGAAGUGGAUAUUAAGACUUCCCAGAAGUUCCCAAGGGUGCCUCCUCCCAGAAGAGAGUCCCCAGGUGAAGAGAGGCUAGAGCCUAAGAAGGAAGUGAAGGAGACCAGAAAGGAGGAGGAGGAAGAGAUGCCAGAGACCCAGGAGAAGGGGGAGCAGGAAGAGGGGCGAGAGCGAAGCCGGCGGGCAGCGGCUGUCAAAGCCACGCAGACACUACAGGCCAAUGAGUCGCUUUCCUUGUUUGACCCUCUCCAGGCCAAUGACAUCCUCAUCCUCCGAAGCCACGAAUCCAAUGCCCCUGGAUCUGCGUGUGGCCAGGCCUCAGAGAAGCCAAGGGAGGGGCCAGGGAAGUCACGUAGGGCACUUCCUUUUUCGGAGAAGAAGAAAAAACCAGAGCCAUUUAAUAAGAGCCAGAAUCAGGAGAACACUUUUCCAUGUAAAAAAUGUGGCAGGGUGUUUUACAAGGUGAAGAGCCGCAGCGCUCACAUGAAGAGCCACGCCGAGCAGGAGAAGAAGGCGGCCGCUCUGAGGCAGAAGGAGAAAGAGGCCGCGGCCGCUGCGGCCACUGCGGCCGCCUCCCCCCACCAGCCGACCCUGAGGGAGGAGAGCAGCGCGGGCGAGAGGGGCUGAUGCCCGGGGCUCCGGGCCGUGAUCCAGCCUGAGACGCUCUGCCAGCACUGGAACCUCCGGAGGGAGAGAUCACGUUGACUUGUCUCUGCAAAACGGAUACAAUUAAAUAAACGGCUCUUUUACUUAUACAGGGCCCAGGAGCAGUGUUAAGGGCUGCAGGAUCCAGUUCUCUUGCAUUUGGUCUGUCGGAAGUUUCCCUCCUGCUUUCCUGGGACUGGGACAGUCCCUGCUCGCUGGGGCUGCCCCUGGGGAGGGGCUCCAGCGCUGCCGCAGCUGCCUCUCACAUGGACCUCUGCCGCCACGCCACGAGGUCGCUUCUCUCCCUCUUUGUUUCCCUUGCUCCCUUAGGUCACCAUGGAGAGACAAGCACAAGCGCGCCCCUUUGGCAGCAUUAAUCCCCCGCCCCAGGGGACCUGUACAGGCCCUGCCCCAAGCCCCGGAAAGAGGGACUCCGUGGGAAGGAGUGUGGUGGCCAUCUCCGAGAGGGAGCUCAGCCUGGCAUCUGUGCUGUCUCCCACGCGGCAGUGUCCAGGCCAUGCUGCUCCAGUGACUAUGUCCUCAGAGAGGCCACGUCCUCCGUGGGAGGGAGGCUGCCAGAACGGGUGCAGGGAGAGAGACCAGAACUGGUACCCAUCCCUUUGCUGCUCGCUAGCAGCCUGCUGGGGCUGGAAAGUUUUCUCAGAUGUUUGGGGAAGGAGCCAAUGUUCUUUGCGAGCUCUCAGCCUGCUGGAGGGAAGGAAACUGUGCAGAGGAAGGAAGCUGCAGGGCUGCUACAGGGCUAGGCCUGAGGGAGCUUUUGAUAAGCCUUGGCUUUUCCUGCUUCCCACCUUUUUGCCAAAUACCUUUGGGCCCUAGAGGAUGCUAAGGGAGCUUAGCCUAGGCCCAGCCUGCGCCUCCUUGGUGCAAGUUUCCUGCCUGCCUCUGUCCUGCCCUUGGCAGCUGCCACCUAACCCCACCCCACCUGGUCUAGUGCUGAUAUCCACAGCUCAGCCCUCAGUCCUGCAUGCUGGAGAUUUCUGGAUCCUUCCCUGGGAGGGGGAGGUCUCCUAGCCAGAUGGGACAGGAGCCUUCAUUCCUUGACUUGUGUCAUUUGGGAGCUAUUUAUUUAUUCUUAAUAUUUAAUUUUUAACAUCCUCUCAGGGACCAGGGGCUUCCUCCUUUCCAGAGGCCCAAGUGCAUUUAUCCCAAAACAAGGCACCUUCUUGGCCCCCCCCCCCACAUUUCCAAGACCCUAAAGUCCCUCGUUUUGCCAAUAGGAAUGAUAGUAGCACUGAAAGAGGGUGGAAAGGUGGAAGAUGUCACAAAGGCACACGGAGACUAGCAGGAUCAAAGGAGAUCAAAGGCAGUUCUUGUUGCUACCUCUUCUUUGGCUGUACUUUCAAGUAGCUUGAGGGGAUUGGCUGGAAGCCAGAAUCUGUUUUUGUUUCUGGCUUGAAGAAGCCAUAUUUGGUGUGGAGUCACUGAAGUGGAAGGGCUGGAAGAUUCUGGAGGUCCCUUCACUUGCCAGUCCCAUAGGAGGGCUGAGUUAUUUUUCUGAUCUUGCUAUUCCGCUUUAGUUGUGUAAAAGAAGUUCUAAGUGAAUCCAUGUUAGGAAGGAGCCAAAAAGUAUUCAUUCUGCUACUCUUCUGAGAUGGCCUAAAGGCGUCACAUUGGUAGCUGGGAGUGGGGAGGGAGUUUUGUUUCUAAACUAUGCACUAGCAGGUAUGUAUUAGCAUUCAUUUAUGCAUUAAUAUGGUUAUACAUGAGCCCAGCUAUGGGAGUUAACAAAAUUCUCCCCCCUCCCCAACUUCUGAUGGCUACCUAGACCUCUGACUUCCCAGUUAGUUUCUUCCAUAGGCUUUUACAAGCUCAAUGGCCCAAGACUGCAAAAAUCUGGUAUACCCUCCAAAAACAGGAGGGUAGCAAAUUUAGGCUCUCUUCUAAAUCACAUAUGUAAUAUGAGUGCCUUCACAGCUUUGCCCCAAAGUGCUACUUAAGUUUCCCGAGGUUUU